GCACGUGGUAAUUUAAAAACAUUCUACCUAUUACUGCUUGUGUACCUCCCUGCAGUACACGGUCAUGGUCCGGGACACGAGCAUAUAAUGCUUUGGUGUGAAGAACAUGGCAGCCCUUUUAACAACAACGGGGAAGAGUUGGACGUCCUUCAUCCUCCCUAAAUAUAUCAGCACUUCCGCACCUCUUUCAGCCCGUGGUGUCCGACAUGUUAUACGAGGCUUUAACAUACCAGAAGAGGAUGUGCAAGACAUGGAUGCUGAUGAUAUAGAAGCUGUAUCAAGUCAAGACAUGGAGGCUAUGAAGCACCAAUCCUCACAGAUUGAAUUCUAUGCCAAGAGGUUUCAAAGUCACAAACGCAAGAAAACAAUUGAGCAGAAAUACUUCAAGGACUAUAAACCAAAAGAAGAUAAUCUGCUGACAUGGGCAAUGAAAGAACAGUUACGAUACUUACACUCCACCGAUCCAGACAUGUGGACUCCUGACGCUCUGGCCAAAGCUUUUCCCAUCUCUCCUGCUGGUGCCCAGAAACUACUGAAGGUGAGGUGGGUUAUGAAGAAUGAAGCUGAAAUAGAGAAACAUGACAGGGCAAUUGCAGCUCGGUGGAAAAAGCAUACGAAAGGCCAGCUUGGUAGUGCCAGACUCCUACAACACACAUUUGACAACAGGGGCAAUAAGGAGACUCAUCCUGUACCUGCUCUUGGCCCAGAUCAGAUACUUUCCACAUUAGAAACACUCAAGUUCCAUAAUGAUGAAGAACCUUACACUAAGAAGGCUGUUAGACCCAAAAACAAACUUCCCAGAGCACCAAAGAUGAGGGGCGGGUCAUUUUCAAGCAUCAUAAAAGAUUAUGAAUUACAAGCGUCACAGCUGAGGGAAAAUUCCAAUGACAAGCAACAAGACUCGCCAUCAUCCAGCGUAUCAGGAAGCCUUGACAUAUUAAAAAUUAUUUCUGGAACUCCGAAGUAUGAAGGAACUUACACUUCUGUCACCUUUCCAGCUGCUCACAAACCCAAGGAAAAUAAGAAAUACAAGAAAGGAGAAAAGAUGAUGACCUUUCAUGAAUUCAUUAAAAAUAAAACUGCCUAACUUAUUUUAUCUUAUAUAAUUUAUUUUUAUUUUUAGUUACCAAUAUACCUUCAACUUCA